AUGGCAGACGCCUAUGUUUACGAUGCGGUGCGCACGCCGCGCGGCCGCGGCAAGAAGGACGGCUCGCUGCACGAAGUGCCGACGCCGCGCCUUGGCGCCAAGGUGCUCGAAGCGCUGCGCGACCGCAACGAACUGGACACGACGAAGGUCGACGAUGUGAUCUUCGGCUGCGUCGAUCCGGUCUAUGAGGCCGGCGGCGACAUCGCGCGCGCGUCCGUUUUCGAGGCAGGCUAUGCGACCGAGGCGCCGGGCAUGCAGAUCAACCGCUUCUGCGCGUCGGGCCUGGACGCCAUCAAUUUCGGCGCGGCGAAGAUCGCGCAGGGCGCCGACGACAUCGUCAUCGCCGGCGGCGUCGAAUCGAUGAGCCGCGUCGGCAUGGGCGCGUCGGGCGGCGCCUGGUACAUGGACCCGUCCGUGAACAUCCCGGCCUACUUCAUGCCGCAGGGCGUGUCGGCCGACCUGAUCGCGACCAAAUACGGCUUCUCCCGCGACGAUGUGGAUGCCUAUGCCGUCGAGAGCCAGAAGCGUUCCGGCGAAAGCUGGGAGAAGGGCCAUUUCAAGAAGUCGGUGAUCCCGGUGAAAGACCAGAACGGGCUGACCAUUCUCGAUCAUGACGAGCACAUGCGUCCGGGCACGGACAUGCAGUCGCUCGGCCAGCUCAACCCGUCCUUCGUCAUGCCCGGCCAGAUGGGCGGCUUCGAGGCGGUCGGCAUUGCCGGCCAUCCGGAGGUCGAAGCCAUCAACUAUGUUCACCAUGCCGGCAAUUCGUCCGGCAUUGUCGACGGCGCGGCGGGUAUUCUGCUCGGCUCGAAGAAGGGCGGCAAGAUGAUGGGCCUUGAGCCGCGCGCCAGGAUCAAGGCGUUCGCCAAUAUCGGCUCUGACCCGACGCUGAUGCUGACCGGCCCGGUCGACGUUACCGAGAAGCUGCUCAAAAAGGCCAGGAUGACGCUCGACGACAUCGACCUGUUCGAGCUGAACGAAGCCUUCGCCGCGGUCGUGCUGCGCUACAUGCAGGCCUUCGACAUCGACCACGGCAAGAUGAACGUCGCCGGCGGCGCGAUCGCCAUGGGCCAUCCGCUCGGGGCCACGGGCGCGAUGAUCUUCGGCACCGUGCUCGACGAACUCGAACGCCGCGAUCUGAACACCGCGCUCGUGACGCUGUGCAUCGGCGCCGGCAUGGGCACGGCGACGAUCAUCGAGCGGGUUUGA